AUGAGCGACGCCGACGCUACCUCGGCCAAGCCCGUCGAGGAGCAGCCCCAGGCCACUGCUGCCCCGGCUGAGACUCCCGCCGCUGCCGAGGCCGAGGUCGAAGAGACUCCAGCUGAGGAGCCCAAGUCCGAGGAGACCUCCGCCGAGGAGACCCAUACUGAGGAGGCCCCUGCCGAAAACCCCAAGGAUGGUGCCGCUUCGUCCGACGUCCUCAAGACGACGGCCAAGAUUGACCGCAAGGACUUCAAGAACAAUCGCAAGUUUGACCCCGAGUCUCGCGAGGUGACGGAUGACCCCGAGGCCAUCCGCAAGCAGGUCGAGUUCUACUUUGGCGACUGGAACUUCCCCCAGGACAAGUUCAUGUGGGAGACUGCCGGCGGAGCUGAGAACAAGCCCAUUCCGAUCAGCAAGAUCCACUCGUUCAAGCGCAUGCGCGUGUUCCAGCCAUACAGCGCCGUCGUGGCCGCGCUGCGCGAGAGCAAGCUCCUGGACGUCGUGGACGGGCCCGAGGGCUCGGCCGAGGGGUCCGAGUCGGUCAAGCGCAAGACGGCGUACGUGCCGCAGUCGCAGUCGCGGGCCAAGAACGAGGCGUCGACGGUGUACGCUAAGGGCUUCGGCGACGAGACGCCCAGCAUGCAGUUCGACCUGGAGAGCUUCUUCGCCCAGUACGGCGAGGUCAAGGGCGUCAAGCUGCGCCGCACCAACGAGGGCCUAUUCAAGGGCUCCGUCUUCGUCACCUUUGCCGAUGAGGAGACCGCCGCCAGGUUUGUCGGCCUCGAGACCAAGCCCCAGUGGCAGUCGCAUGACCUCAAGAUCAUGACCAAGAAGGCCUACUGCGACGAGAAGUCGGACCUCAUCCGCCAGGGCAAGCUUGAGCCCAACACGACCGUCACCAAGAAGUUCUUCGAGGGCAAGGAGAGCAGCAAGGGCGGCAGCGCCAACGCCAACGGACAGAAUGACUGGAAGAAGCGUCGCGACAACGACCAGAAGAACGGCUUUCGCGGUGGACGCGGCGGAGGCCGUGGACGUGGCGGACGUGGACGCGGCGGCCGCGGCGGCGGCGGUUCCCGCGGCGGACGUCGUGACCGUGACCAGAGGGACCGUCGCAACGGUGGCGGCGAGGGCCAAGGCAACGCGAAGCGUGCGCGUGAGGACGAUGGCGGUGCCUCGGAGGCCCCGGCUGCCAAGAAGGUUGAUGCCAAGGAGGCAUGA